UCCUCCUUUACUCCACACACGCUUCUAAGCCUCGCUACUAACUACACUUUAUUCAUCCUCCGUGUCAGGAUAAACUCCACUCGUCUCAGUCAACUUUGGACAUUAUUAGGCCCGCUUAGCUUGCUACUUGUUUUAGCGCGCUAGUUAGCUUAGCUUGCUACUUGUUUUAGCGCGUUAGUUAGCUUAGUGUGCUAGUCAGCUUAGCGUGCUAGUUAGCUUAGCUUGUUAGCUGCUAACAAAGAGACGCGGAUUUGAUCAACACAUCGCUUAGUUAAGAUCAAGUGGAGUGUAAAGUGUUGUGAUUGUGUGAAAAUGUGUGAAAGAACGAUAGCAGAGUACAAAGAGGAACUUUCUCGGACAAACGAAGAGAACAAAAGACUACGUCAACUACUGGACGCUGUUUUCAAGAAACCUCAAGUUGUGUUACACAGAACAGACGUACAGCAGCCCCCCCACAUGAAAGAGGAAGAGGAUGAUCCACAGCCCACCCACAUAAAAGAGGAAGAGGGGGAUCCACAGCCCACCCACAUGAAAGAGGAAGAGGAUGAUCCACAGCCCACCCACAUGAAAGAGGAAGAGGGGGAACCACAGCCCCGCCACAUGAAAGAGGAAGAGGAUGAUACACAGCCCCUCACCAGAAAGAGGAAGAGGGGGAUCCAGAACCCACCCACACGAAAGAGGAAGAGGAUGAUCCACACAUGAAAGAGGAAGAGGAUGAUCCGCAGUCCACUCACAUUAAAGAGGAAGAGGAUGAUCCACAGCCCCGCCACAUGAAAGAGGAAGAGGAGGAUCCACACAUGAAAGAGGAAGAGGAUGAUCCACAGCCCCUUCACAUGAAAGAGGAAGAGGAGGAUCCACACAUGAAAGAGGAAG